AUGCUGCGCUCGUCCCGGCGUAGACCGCUCAGCGGCUAUGAUAGCCUCAACGAGUUCGAGUUUGACGAGGUGGUCGACUCUGACCACCACCAGCCCCGUCAACAUCAUCAUGAGGUCGCUUCUGUCGACGCGCCGACUCAAGCCGCGACAAAGUAUUCGCACACUGCCGAUCCGCACAAGUCCUGGCCCUAUACCAACUAUGUGGCCGAUGAGGUUCCGCCCGAUGAUGCAUCAACGUACCGGCGUCCGGCAGCAGCCCAGCCUGUGACGCCCUUUGUCUCCAGCGAGCGCCGCAUCGCCUCCUGGUGGACCGAGAUCCUCAGCAUCUGCAUCUCCAUCGGCUCCUUUGUCGGCAUGAUUGCCACACUCGCCUCGUACAACGGCCGUACCAUCUCCGGCUGGAGGCUCCCCGUCACCAUCAACGCUGUCGUCUCCAUCUUGUCCACGGCCUUCAAGAGCUCCAUGGUUCUGCCGGUCGCCGAAGGCAUCAGCCAGCUGAAAUGGGUCUGGUUCGCGUCGGGCGAACGCAGCCUCUCCGACAUGGAGACGUUCGACAUGGCCAGUCGAGGCCCCUGGGGAUCCAGCCUUCUCCUCUUCAACCAGGUCGUCCGGUCUGACGGGUCCAUCCUUGCCACCCUCGGCGCCAUCCUCAUCAUCUUGGUCCUCGCCGUCGACCCUUUCACCCAGGCCCUCAUCCAGUACUACCCCUGCCUGCAACCCUCGCAGGCCCUGCGCGCCUCCAUCCCGCGCGCAAACUCGUACACGGCCUUUGCCAACCACUUCUCGGCCGGUCGCGUCACCCUCGACGGCCCCAUGCAGCUUGCCCUCUUCCAGGGCGUCCUGUCCCCGCCUCUCAACUCCUCCGCCGCCGUCUCGGUCGACUGCACCUCGGGAAACUGCACCUUCCCCUCCGUGCCCGCCGCCGCCGCCGCCGCCGAUCCCGCCGCCGCCUCUUCCUUCUCCACCUUGUCCACAAGCACCUCCCAGAGCGACACUGGCAGCAGCGGUGCCGCACCGGGAAAGCUCGCCACUUUUUCGACGCUGGCCUUUUGUCCCGUCUGCGACGACGUCACCGCCCUCGUCGUCAACGACACCGCUCCCAACAGCACCGUCAAGGGCGCCUACAACUACUCCCUCCCCAGCGGCGCCCGAAUCUACGGCGCCACCGUCAGCGUCGCCGAGACCCCGCUCCUGUCGACGGUCGACAUGAAGAAGUUCUCCUUCACCGGCUUCGAUGCCCUCAUGAUGCGCUACCAGCCUGGCUGCACCUCGGCGCAGCCCGAGGCCGUCUGCCCCAUGGGGCCCUUCGCCGUGCGCUGCGCCCUGCAGCCCUGCGUCAACACCUACGCCGCCAACGUGACGGCCGGCAUCUACGACGAGACCCUGCUGUCCAGCGCCGCCCUCGUCCGCCGCAGCACCGACCCAACGUACUCGCUCGUCCUGCGCGGCGCCGCCCUGUACAACGGCACCUGGGCCAAGUGCGACGCGAGCCCGACGCAGACCGAGUCCCACCCCAUCCCCGUCGACGAGCAGACCAUGACCGUGCGCGCCCUGACCUCGCUCCAACAGUCUACCCCGCCGGUCCCGCCCGCCCCGCCCGCCGGCGGCGACGUGGCGUACUACCCGGCCCACUGCGCCUACCUCCUCGGCGCCAACGCCAUCCUGGGCAUAUCCUCCUUCAUGUCCGACAGCCUCUUCUCCGGCCGCAACCUGUCCAUCCCCUACGGCCUCGCGCGCGCCUCCAUCAACAACGGGCCCACGUGGCUCCAGACGCUGUGGCACAACGGCAGCGCCUCGCUCGCCACGGCCCAGACCUUCAUGGACGGCCUCGCCGCCGCCGCCUCGGCCCAGCUCCGCCUCAACAGCAACGACUCGAGCCCCGAGACCCGCCGCGUCCGAGGCCAGCUGUGGGUCAACGAGACGUGCAUCCAGGUCCGCUGGGCCUACAUCUCCUUCUCCGCCACCCUGCUGUGCCUCGCCCUCGUCUUCUUCGUCUCCGUCCUCCUCGCCGGCCGCAGGGCCGACGGCGGCAGCGCUUACUGGAAGAGCAGCCCCCUCGCGCUCCUCUUCGCUGGUGUCGACGACACGGCCAGCAUCGUGAGUAGCAACCGCGGCGGGGGCAGCGUCGGGGUCGAGAAGGGCGGUGCCCGGCCGAGCACUGUGGGCGAGCCGGGCAGUCCGGUAGGAAUCAGUCCCGGGGCUGGAGACGAGGAGAAGAGGACGCAAGGCGGGGAGGAUAUGGCCGAUUUCUUGAUCAGGGCGCGGACGAUGAAGGUCAGACUCAAGAGGGAGAGCACCGGUGGGUGGAGGUUUGGGAUGAGCUGA